GAAAUUGUUUAAUUGCAGCUUUUGGGCGAGUUUGUGAACGAUGGUGAAUGGUGUAAGAUGCAUGCUACGACCUAGGCCUAAUAUGCUAUGUCUAGCUCUGGGUUUAUUUUAAGCACAUCUUAUAUAACCCCCUACUGUUUAUCUUGUGAGAAGUCUUAAUCGGACUUUUUAUGCGCAAAUCGUAUGUAGUCGAAAAAUCCAUCAUCUACGGAGUGGACUUGCCAAUGCCAUGAAAGCAGCUUCUGAAACAUCCCCUGACUGCAGAAAGAGACGGAGAAGAAAACGUUGUCCUUCAUCUAUAAGUUUUGUGAGCAGUGAUGGAGAAGGACCAUGGGCUAUACAUGUUGUGGAAGUCCCAUCUCCGGAUUCAAGUAGUGACAAGCUUAGUGUUCAGAGCAAGGAAACUAAUUGGGUGAGAAGUUCUAGUGACACCAUCAUCACUGAUGCCGAGUUACCUGUUAUUGACUGGGAUGAUGAUGACAACCCACCUUUCACUAUUGAAUAUGAGGUGCGUUCACCGUCCAGUGGUGAUUAUGGGGAAAGUGAUGCCUCAUCAGAAAAUGAAGCACACUUCAGACAGGAGAUCUUGGUGGUCUGCACUGACAGUGAUGUGGAGUUCUUUGCUGACUACAGUGAAUCAGAGGAUGAUGAAUCAGACCCUGAAAUAGCAUCUGAUAAGUGGAUAUGCGGUAGUUGCGGGGACCUAAACUCUCCUUUAAGUCGCUAUUGUCUGUGCUGCUGGAAAGAGCGUCCAGGCUGGCUUCCAGAGAUGGGCAGAUUUCGAAGAUCGCUGUCUGCUCCAACGGGUCUACCAUCUUCAUCAGCCUCUUCAAGUCCCCCGGGUGCAUGUAUUGCCUGCGACACUUCAGGUCAACCACAACAGCCUGCUGAACUGCCUUUGCCGUGUGAUGAAAUACUACUUGAAUCAGUUGCAGAAAUUUCACCUGUUGCUCUGUCUAAGUCUAGUGAAAUAACAUUACUCUCAACAGCACAGUCUGGGCAUAUAGCCUCAUCUUCCUCCUCUUAUACUCACUGUGCUUAUCCCAGGCUGGUCAACUCACUAGUGAGGAAACAUUCGGCUACAUCUGCAGGCGGUGAUUCUGUUUUAUGUUCAGGGAGUCAAGACAUUGAAAUAUCUGUAACUUCCAAAACUCCUAAUCCAGCUGGAGAUAUGCAGUCUCUGUCUGCUAGUUCCCAACCUGGUUCGCAGGAAUCUGGCGUAUUUGAUACUUUUGCUGCUGCUAGUGCUAAGCCCGUGUUUUCUUCUCCCUUAGAGGCCAAUUCGCAGCCCAUUUGUACGAGAUUAAGCACUGGUGUGGUACCAUUUGAUGAUGUUGAUGGACCUCCUCCUAUGCCGUCCUUUAGUUUUCGGUGUAAAGCCUUAGAAACAAAUGACUCCACAAAACCUAUCCCUUGUGAUAUCUUUGACGGAUUUAAAGAUAUGGACAAAGAUGAGACGUUCACAGUACAAUUUCUGGAUGGGCUGUCAGUUUCUCAAGAGUCUGCUGUACGGGUCCAAGAACAAUUCAGUAAACCAGUUAUCCCUGCAAAAAUGUCUCUGUACAAUUUUGAUUCGGUGGAACGACAUUUAAAAGAACCUAAUCCACCGUCCACAAGUAAGCAAGGCUUUUCAGAGCGUGGGCAACAUAGCAGAGUGUCCCAGGCUGGUGAGUGUCCAUUCUGCUUGAAACAGUCCAGCAAUGCUGUACUGAUUCAUGGGAAAACUGGCCAUCAAGUGUGUUGUUAUAAGUGUGCCAGAAAAUUGCGUCGUCGUGGUAAACCUUGCCCAGUUUGCCGUAAACCUAUACAGAAGGUGAUAAAGAAUUUUAUAAUAUAGUUUAACAGUGACUUGAUCCACUGUUCAUGAACUUUUAAAUUGUGUCUAAUGCUUGUUUUAGUUACUGUAUCUAUGGCUUCUAUUCCCAUGGCGCAGGCAGGUUAGGGGUAUACCUUGAAUUGUAUGGACUGAAAGAUUGAAUUGCAGUGGAAAUCUGAUGCAAUAUCAAAGAGGCCAUAUCGAAGAAACAAUUUAAACGAACUAGUUGUCCACAGACCCCCGCACUGUUGCUUGCAUAUGAAAAUAUAUUAAUUGGUUCGAUAUGAGGCAAUGUCAGCAUGCCUCAUACAGGUACAAAAUAGGCCCAUUUUUACACUUUUUAUUUUACUGUCAACUGAGUGUGUUGAUGUGUUGCCGUGGUGUCGUGAGAUCCGGUACAUGUCAGGUUUGUAAAAGGGAUGUGGAACCCUGAAGGCCCAUGAACAAUGCCAUUCUAUACCACAAAGAUUGGAAGUUCAUUAUAGAAUCCUUUGUCCCCGGGAUACUCUAUCUUUGGAUAUUUGAAGUGUUACACCUAACCUUCACCCCCCCUCCCGAAAGAUUGAGGAUAUUUUCCUUGCAAGAUGCAUUGACACCAGUCUUUGAUACAUGUAUCUGUCGAAAUGCUUGUCAUCAAUAAUCAAUCAUAUUCGUUCAGCCCAUUAUGUGGGCGAGUUUAGUAAAAUUGGAUAAACAAAAUAUAUCUCAUGGGGUUAUGGAUUGAGUUGCAAUUAAAAUACACAUAGUCAACAGGCAGGCCAGAGGUUCAGUACCAUGAGCAGGUCUUGGCCCAUCCUGGUAUCAACCAGUGGUUUUAAAUAUACUCCACCUCUCGAUAUUUCGAACGUUAUGACGAGGAAGUGAACAAAAGUCUGAAUCUCAGGGUGUGAUAGGCAAUGAGCCUAUUCAGAUUCAUCAAGUAUUGAACACUGUGGUCGUGCUCUCUUAGACAGUCCAUGGUCACCGUCAUUGAAACUCCCUUAGUAAUCGAGGGCGAGCUCUGGCUAACACAGCACCGAUAAUGCCCCUAUCGGGUCCCGCGGAAUAUCCUCUCAACCAGAAAGUUUUCACUCCACCAGACCCCCGGAAUAACCCUCUGCUGUACUAAAAAUUGGUGCUCAAUCUCACCCCCCCCCCAAUAGAUUCGGCUAUUAGGCUAUAUGCUAAACGUGCCAAAGCCACAAUGCUUGUACAUGUAGAUCCCUGAUAUUGUUGUGUGCAAAGAGGCUAGUAUGAAUUUGUGUAUUGAUGGGCAUUAAGAAAUACUAGCAUAUACCCGUGGCGCGGGCUGUUCGAGGUAUAAAAAUCAGAUUGUGUGGAUGCUGGUAUGUUGUGGGUUUGGUGUAAAUGGGGUGCUGGUUUGUGAGUAACACUUCUUUUCAUAAGUGUAAUACUUCUUGAAAACGGAACUAUGUAACCAUGUACAUGAUGUACAGACGUCCACAAUGCUAAACCAAUUCUCGGAAAACCAAGAUGGUGUAGACUGGUGAUGUAGGCCUACUCGAUAUCAGCCAGCGAUUAGCGCCAGAAUGGUUGAAGUUACCGGUGUGUGCAUAAAUCUUGUCUCCCGUUGGGUACAUAGUGUCCUAAGAUGAGCUAUUUGUGAAUAAAUGGCUGUCUCGAGGUGAAAAAGCAGCAUUUUUCCUUCAGAUAUGGGCGCCGCCAUCUUGCAUGCUGGCAUCAGUGACGUCGAU